AUGGCCGACGUUGUUUUAGGAUCCCAGUGGGGAGACGAAGGAAAGGGAAAGCUUGUCGAUGUCCUCUGUGAGGAUAUCGAUGUCUGCGCACGUUGUCAAGGAGGCAACAACGCUGGUCAUACUAUUAUUGUGAAGGGCGUCAAGUUUGACUUUCAUAUGCUUCCAUCUGGUCUGGUGAACCCAAAAUGUAAGAACUUAAUUGGUUCUGGAGUUGUGAUUCACCUGCCUUCCUUUUUUGAGGAACUAGAGGCCAUUGAAAACAAAGGGCUGGACUGUACUGGUAGACUGUUCGUUUCGUCAAGAGCUCAUCUUGUUUUUGGUUUCCAUCAGAGAACCGACAAGUUGAAGGAAGCCGAGUUGCAUGAGACGAAAAAGUCGAUUGGAACUACUGGUAAAGGUAUUGGUCCCACCUAUUCUACAAAAGCUUCUAGAUCUGGUAUCCGUGUUCACCAUCUGGUGAGUGAUGAGCCUGACUCUUGGAAAGAGUUUGAGACCAGACUUAGCCGUCUUAUUGAGACUAGAAAGAAGAGGUAUGGUCACUUUGAUUGCGACUUGGAGUCAGAAUUGGCCAAGUACAAGGUGUUGAGGGAAAAGAUCAAGCCAUUUGUGGUGGAUUCUAUUGAAUUCAUGCACGAUGCCAUCAAGGACAAAAAGAAGAUAUUGGUGGAAGGUGCUAACGCCCUCAUGUUGGAUAUCGACUUCGGUACUUAUCCUUACGUUACGUCCUCGAACACUGGUAUCGGAGGUGUCUUGACUGGUCUGGGAAUUCCACCUAAGGCCAUUAACAAUAUUUAUGGUGUUGUCAAAGCCUACACUACCAGAGUCGGAGAAGGUCCCUUCCCCACUGAGCAGUUGAACGAAGAUGGAGAGAAGUUGCAAACCAUUGGUUGCGAGUAUGGUGUCACCACUGGUAGAAAGAGAAGAUGUGGUUGGUUGGAUCUGGUGGUGCUUAAAUACUCCACCCUGAUCAACGGUUACACCUCUUUGAAUAUUACCAAACUGGAUGUUUUGGACACUUUCAAGGAGAUAAAGAUUGGUGUUUCUUACACCUACCAAGGAAAGAGAGUCACCACCUUCCCAGAAGAUCUCCAUGCCCUUGGUAAGGUUGAUGUUGAGUAUGUUACUUUCCCAGGUUGGGAAGAGGAUAUCACUCAGAUCAAAAAUUAUGAGGAUCUGCCAGCAAACGCCAAAAAGUAUUUGGAGUUCAUCGAAGAAUACGUUGAAGUUCCUAUCCAAUGGGUUGGAACUGGCCCUGGUAGAGAGUCGAUGUUAGAAAAAAACAUAUAG